UCAUCAACAAUCGCCACGUUACAAUGAGCCAGACACUAAACAUCUACCAUGACUGUCCUGUGUGAGUUUUAAUGGAUUUUGGAAUCAUGUUGCUUUUGUUUUUGGGUUCGCUGAUGAAGAUGCCUUAGUGGAUUAAUUGCCUUGUUUUACUAAGCAGUUGUAUGCUUUUACUCACGCUUCUUUGUCGGGAACUUUUAGCCGCUAGCAGGCUAGCAUCCUCGUUGCCAGUCCAGAAUGUUGUCUCUGAAGGUCGGCUACUCGACUCUAGCUUCUUCGAGAGUUUACCAGACUCAAUUAAGCAGACUCUCGACUGCUUGUGUUUAUUUUUCCAUUUGUCCGGCGUCUGCUGAAGGCAUCCCUGUCAUACGCGUUCCUCGCUCCGUGCAGAAUCGCGUGGAGAAUGUGAAACAAACUCGAGUUAUAAAUAAAAUCAGCACCAGCAAAGCUGGCAAGCUCCUCAUCCAGGGCAGGAACGCCAGUUUGAACCAGUCUGUUGGUUACACGCACGGCAAGUUUGACGUGCCUACACUCUGCUCCAAAGGAUGGAAGCACAAAAAGUCAUUCGGAGAUUAUUUCACUGUCAACAACAUCAAAUCCGUUGCACCUUUUGUAUCUGCAAGCAAGGAGGAGGAAAUUAAAAAGCCAGUGAAGACCUUCCAUAGAUUACAAAUCUCCACUGAGUUGAUAGAAACUUUGGAACGCUCAAACAUCAUUCAUCCCACCACAGUGCAGCUGCAGACCAUACCUAAGGUGAUGCGAGGUCACAAUAUCCUGUGUGCAGCUGAGACAGGUAGUGGGAAGACACUGAGUUAUUUGUUGCCGAUUAUGCACAAAUUGCAGCUCAGUAAGGAAAUUAAUCAUGAGGCGUCCCCUGAAAUCCGUGCUAUGGUUGUGGUGCCCUCCAGGGAGCUGGCUGAGCAGGUGGCGUCCGUGUCCAAGACCCUGUGCAUCCCACUGGGCUUGGAGACGAGGACAGUGGGAGGCGGGCGAGGCGUGGGGCGCAUCAAAGGGGUUUUCAAGCGAGGCGUUCCUGAUGUUUUAGUAGCCACACCAGGUGCUCUGGUCAAAGCGCUGCGGAGACGUUGCUUGGACUUGAGCCACCUGCGCUUUCUGGUGGUGGAUGAAGCUGACACCAUGUUCGACCCGAGCUUCUCAGACAUGUUGGAGGAAAUUUUGCAGCAUGUUGAAAUCGCCAGUGCUCCGGCAGAAACGCAAGACCCGUUGAACAAGGCUCAGCUUCUGGCCAUUGGUGCCACCUUCCCCGGCGGAGUGGGCGACGUCCUCAGUCGGGUGACGGAUCUCGGCAGCAUAGUGGUGAUUAAGAGCAAGAUGCUGCACUUUCUCAUGCCGCAUGUCAAGCAGACCUUUCUCAAAGUUCGAGGGCAGGACAAAGUCCUGGAGCUCAACCAUUACUUGAAACGACUCCAGCAGGAACACGGAGGAGCAGGUGGGAACGCCGUUCUUGUGUUCUGCAACAAGUCCUCCACUGUCAACUGGCUCGGAUAUUCCCUGGAGGAGAUGGGUGUGCCGCACACUCGUAUCCAAGGUGAGAUGCCUGCCGUGGUGCGCACAGGCAUCUUUCACCGCUUCCAAAAGAGCACGACGGAUAUUCUCCUGUGCACUGAUGUUGCUUCACGAGGCCUGGACACGUCCCGGGUACGCCUGGUGGUCAACUAUGACUUUCCGCAGUCACACACAGACUACAUCCACAGGGCCGGUAGGGUGGGGAGAGCUGGGGGAUGCGAAGAUGGCGAGGUGCUCAGUUUCGUCACGCAUCCGUGGGAAGUGGAGCUCGUGCAGAAGAUUGAGACAGCUGCACGGAGAAGGACUUCUUUGCCUGGUAUGGAGUCCGCAAUCCGGGAACCAGAACCUAAAGUAGUGGAGACAGAAGAGUUGAGUUGAUGGACACCAUUGGAUGACAACCUGAACCAUACUAAUUAAUAAUGUGGUGGGCUAUAUGUUGGACUUAAUCGUUAGUCAAAUGCAACGUGCAAGAGACCAUACAAACUCUAGGGUAUCGUAAAUAAAAUACCCAGAGCUAAAUUUUGGACUUGUAAACUCAGUACUAUUGGUCUACACAUGUAACCACUUGUCUACAUUCUUACUAUGCAAUAAAUGCUUGCAGUGAAUCAUGAUAAUUUCAGGGUGAAAUGUUUUAUUAAACUUUUGAGUUUUUAUUUAUUUUUCGUUUUGUGUUUUCUAUAAACGUUAGGAAAGAAAGACAGAAUGCUCAAUUCACAAUUUAUCUACAUGAGAGUUCACUGAAACAACCAGGAUACUAAACAUUUUUAAACUUGAGGGGCAAUCUGAGGCUACGUUCAUACUACAGGUCUUAAUGCACGAAUCCGAUUUUUUCGUCUUUUUCCGACUCGAGUGAGGCAUUAACUUGACGGUCUGAACGUGACAAGUCGCAUAGAACUGGACCAUUUCAAAUCCGAUCUGGGUCACUUUCGUAUGUGGUUCAAAUCCGAUCUGGGCCACAUUUUUCCAGACUGUCGCAGCGGUCUGUACUGUCCAGUCUCCGGAAUCGGAAUUCAUGCACUAAUUACGUCAGCAAACAGCAAGAGGCACGAAGGACGGCAGCGAUGCAGGCAUUAGCGCCUAGCUUGAACUCUGCUUUUAAGCACGA